AUGGUAGUUGGACAAAUAGCUAAAACGCAAAAAGUUUCUUUGUUUCGUGAAAUUGGAGAUUUUGACAAGAUUGAAUUUGCUGAAAUAUCUACGCCAGAAAUUACUAAAGCAAAUGAAAUAAUUAUCAAGAAUGCUUAUGCUGGGAUCAAUUUCAUUGAAGCUUAUUUUAGAAAAGGAAUCUAUCCAGUUGCAACAACUCCGUAUGUUUUUGGAAGAGAAGCAAGUGGGGAAGUGGUCGCUAUUGGAUCAUCGGUAUCAAAUAUAGAGCUUGGUGAUAAAAUUGCAUAUUUAGCACCAGGGACAUUUGCUCAAUAUACAAAGAUUACAAGUGACAAUUUCAGGUACAUUAAGCUUCCACAGGAUGUAAGUGAUGAAGAUUUGAAAAUCUACGGCAGUUUCUUAUUACAAGGAUUAACUGCACUUACUUUUGUUAAUGAGGCAUAUAAAGUUAAGCUGGGGGAUUACAUUUUAGUCUGGGCCGCCGCUGGUGGUGUAGGAAAGCUAUUAACACAAUUGAUUUCUCAACGUGGUGCUCAUGUGAUUGCAGUUGCUUCAUCGGAUGAGAAAUUGCAAAUUGCCAAAUCUUUGGGAGCCGAGUACUUGAUCAACUCAAGCACAAAGGAUGUAGAGAAGGAAGUCAAGGAAAUCACAAAUGGCAAGGGCGUGGAAGCAUCCUUUGACUCAGUGGGUAAGGACACGUUUCAAAUCUCGUUGAAUUCAUUAGCUAGAAAAGGUUCGUUUGUUAGUUAUGGUAACUCUUCCGGACCUGUGGCUCCGUUCCCAUUGAGUUUGUUAUCUGCAAAGAAUAUUCAAUUGGUGAGACCACUGUUGUUUGGAUAUAUUACGACAAAGGAGGAGUGGGAUCACUAUUCCGGUGAGUUGUUGCAAUUGUUCAAAGAGAAUAAAUUGAAAUUCGAUAUCUCAAAGACUUAUGAUUUAGAGAACUACAAACAAGCGGCACAAGAUCUAGAAGGGAGAAAGACUAGUGGGAAAUUGACUUUAAAAAUCCCCCAAUAA